AUGGCGGACACGUCGUCGGCGGCAGCGCCGCUGCUGCUGCCAUCGGGUAAGAAGUCGUCGUCGGCGGCGCAGUACACCCGAUGCGCGUCGCACGCGCGGGACGAGCUGCGCAGCUUCCGGGCCUGCCUCCGCUGGAUGUGCGUCGACCACACCUCCGGUCCCCGCUCCGCGGGUUCCUGGGCGGCCUUCUUCCUCCUCGCCGUCGCCGCGCCCGCGGCGGUCACCCUCGCGCUCCCUCCCGACACGCCGGACCGGCCCUACGACGGGCAGGUGCAGGUCUCGCUCACGCUGGCGGCCGCGCUCGCGCACCUCUCCCUCGCCUCGCUGCUCCGGGUCGGCCUGCGCCGCCUGCUCUGCAUCGACCGCCUCCGCCACGACUCCGACGCGGUGCGCGUGGGCUACACCGCGCAGCUGGCCCGCUCCUUCCGCGUCCUCGCCUGCUUCCUCGUGCCCUGCUCCCUCGCCGACGCCGCGUACAAGGCCUACUGGUACUGGGACGCCGCGCCCUUCCGCUCCCCCUGGUGGAACGCCGCCGCCUGCGCGCUCGACGUCGCCUCCUGGGUCUACCGCACCGCCGUCUUCUUCAUGAUCUGCGUCCUCUUCCGGGUCAUCUGCUACCUGCAGGUGCUCCGGAUGGUGGGAUUCGCGAGGGAGUUCGGCAGGUUCGCAGACGUCGCCGUCGUGCUCGAGCACCACCGGCGGAUCAGGGACCAGCUCAGGAGAAUCAGCCACAGGUACCGGCGAUUCAUUAUCUUCUGCCUCGUCCUCGUCACCGCCAGCCAGUUCUGCGCGCUGCUAGCCACCACCAGGCCACACGCGCAGAUCAAUCUCGCCACCGCCGGCGAGCUCGCGCUCUGCUCGGUGAGCCUCGUGGCGGGGCUGCUGGUCUGCCUGCACAGUGCCGCCAAGAUCACGCACAAGACGCAGGCGAUCACCAGCGUCGCGGCGGCGUGGCACGCCGACGCCACCAUCCACGCCUUCGACAACGACCUGGAGGACCCCGACCCCGCUCUGCCCGCCGCCACGGGCUACCUGGCGCCGGCCAACGCCUACCGGGUGGCCUCCGGCGAGGAGUCCGACGGCUACAAUGACGACGACGACGCCAGGAGCGAUGACUCUCUCGACGACCCCAAGCUCGUGCCCUUCCAGGUCAACAACAUGUGUUUCCAGAAGAGGCAGGCACUGGUGACGUACCUGGAGAACAACCGGGCGGGGAUCACGGUGUACGGCUUCGUCGUCGACCGGACAUGGCUGCACGCGCUCUUCAUGAUCGAGUUCUCGCUCGUCAUGUGGCUGCUGGGGAAGACGGUCGGUAUUUCUUGAACAGGCUGCCUCACCUGUCCAUGAGCUAUCUCUGCUGCUGCUCCUUGCGAUAUAGAUAGUAAAGGCUGAACGUCAGAUGGAGGGGUUCACUUCGGAUGUAAAAAUUCAGUGCACAUAGUUUCAGUCUUCAUUGCUUCGUCCCUACAUGGCUAUAUGAAACUCAGACGCGGUUCUUUUGUUCUUAAUUUUUUUGUGGAAGGGUUCGGAUGGAGAACCAUAUUAGUUGUGCAGGUUUGAUUCGAUGGCAGUAAUGUGAAAAUUAGCUGCCAAGAAAAGAGUGGAUUAGAUAAUAUAGUGUGGAAGUAUUAUCAGUUUUGCAGGUCCAUUGCUCAAACGCCAUGUUGAGUUGCAUAUUGAUUUGUAGUACAUUAUAAUGUUCCCUGCCUAGCGAAGCUCAUGGUAAUGAAAUUCUUUUGAUC